ACUCAUCCUUCUAUCAACACCCGUCUUAUACUUCUCCCCACGAUCAUUUAUUCUUACCAUAGUAACUUCGUUGGUAACCUUUGAUCAUUUAAAAUUCCCUAGCUUGUAACACUUGUGUAACCCUGAGUGACUCACUGCCUUUUUAUUUCAUAAUUUGACCCCCAAACGUGGUGAACCAAAUGCCAGUUUGGCUUGUCAUGUUGAUCCAAUUCUCCUGGUAGCUGAUGUUGAACUUAAAUCCAAAAUUGAGAUAUCAUAUUCCUCCCCUCCAUAAGAAAAAUUUCGACCUCGAAAUUUUUUCAUCGUGAUAGCUUAAAGUCCUACUUGAGGAAUCCUUUUACUACGGGGAUUUAUACUUCUGUUACUUUGUACGACCUUGAGCUAUGAAUCUUUCCUCCAAUUCGUUGUGGUACUUGGCUGACUUAGAAGUCACCCAUUUCUCAUAAACCACUUACUCAGCUAGCUACUUGCUCAACGCGACUAUGACACUCCCCCUUCAUAGACGCCAUUGAUACUAUAAUGGCUUCUAACUUCAUGUUGUUCUCAGCAGUUUGUAUUAGGUCUCUACUCCGGAUUCCUUAAGAAACAUUAAGGAAAUAAAUUCUUAGAUAACCCUAUUCAGGAUAUGACCCGUCGCAACUUCAUUUGAUAAGGUGCUUAGACCUUGAACUACUACGCUUUCCAUAUCCUGACUGCUGACAUCUCAACUUGAAUUCCCUGACAUCGAUUUCCAUAGUGAAUACUUGACUUGGUUAAUGGCUUACUCAUAGGUCGCUCACUCGGUAUCGCUUCUUCCCCCUCUGUAUACCUCAUUAUUCCCAUGUUUGGUAACUCCCCUUGAUGCACAACUUGAUGUCUGAUUCACCAUAUAUGGUACCUUUAGCAUGGUCAAUCCCUAGACACCCCUAUUGAUAUCCGUAAUACCCCUUUUUAAUCCUAAGAUUACUGUUGACGGCAUAACCUCCUUCUAGUUAGAUCACAAAACUCUUAUUACGUAACCUCGAUCGUGGUUGACCACGUAGGGCACCUAGGUCCUUGUACCUUCUAACUUAAAAUCCUUACUUUCUUCCAAGAUGCUUCGUCUCUCCCUUUAGCCAUCAACUGAAUGGUCAUAUCCUCGUUACUUCUUACUUCACCCUGAAACCUCACACUACUGCUUUUACUUCCUGUAUGCAUUAAAUGCAUCUUUUGCAUCCUUCUCUAGCUUGCUAACAACUUUAUGACUCCCUUCAAGAGUCAUGAUUUUCCCUUUCGCUUAUUUGUUCACUCAUGGUUCCUAACUUAACACUUCUUUAUCGCCGCCUGAAUCUGAAACUAUCGUACUAUCCAUUCUGCUACUCUUAGAUCCUAGCUGAAAUUCCUCGUACGGUUUUCCGUCCAAUAGAGUCUUACCCAAGAGAUUGACACCUUUCACCAACAUAGGCGAUCUUGGUUUCACUUUGGAGUAUUCUAGCAGGUUCCCUAAACUCAUAUCCCUCUUACUUCUUUACCCGUGACUCUUAUUCUUUAUGUUCCUUUCUAGGUUUAGGUGUCCCUUGUUCUCGAUGUAGUCCUCUAGGCUCUUAUAUUCUCUUCUCACUUAUGUACUUUGGCCUUUAAGGUUUUCCCUUCGACUAUUCUUGACGACCUUGAUUCCACCUUAAAAUUGACUAAAAUUUCUUGAUGGAGUUCCUAUGGAUCACUUGUUCUCCGCUAGUAUUCAACCUAAUGCUUAUCUGUAACCGAAAGGUCUUAUGUUCUAAUCCCGGUAACCCCCAUUUGUUAGCACAUGGUGUCUGAUGCCUGUGCAAACUUCAAACCCAUAUAUGGUGGCUUUCGUUUAAGGGGGUGUGUUGGUAUGUGGUAUAUGAUCCAGAAUUGAACCUCUCCCAACAACUCGAGUUAUUAGGAUCAACUGGUUCUUGGCAUGGUAUUAGAGUCUUCUGUAACCAAGUGGUCUUUUGUAUUACUGCUUCGGCCCAUCUUAGCUAGCUUCCUUGACUUCAUACACUACGACUUCUCUAAUGCCACUUCAUAGUUAUGGGCUUACGGCUUCCCAAACUCCAGUACUACUUCUAGAUUGCUUACCAAUCUUUAAGCAAUUUUAACGAUGAAUUCGCACAAAGAAACUUGUAAAUCCCACCUGAGACUUGACCAAUUGACUUCUUGAAAUCUCAUCAAACUUCCUCUAGCCUUCUUGCUCAUUCCUGUAUUGUACGCAAACUCUCUUUAUUACGACCGUUGAGACUCUUCCUCGAAAUCUCUUACAUCUAUACUUCCAAUAAAUGUUCUACAUCCUUGUCUAUACUCGGUUGGUUGAAUGACUUACUCCUACAGCUGGUUUCAAGACUCCAGCUCUUAGUCCUCUAGUUCCAACUUAUUACAGAGGCUCCUCCUUCUGUCACCCCUCAUGUACCCUAGGUGGCUAGGUGUUCCCUCCAUUUAGGAAAGGACAACCCCAUAACAGAUCAUCACGAACUCUUGCAUUCCCAUUUCAACAGUCCCAACAACCUCCAGACCUUUCAUGAUCUGGGUAGUUUGUAGAGUCUCUCAUAUACCAAUCCAUCCUAUUUCUAGCUUGGCAUUGUUAACUAGCACAUUGGUAUUCUUGAUCCAAGCUCGUCCUCUACCUCAAUCAUCUUGACUCUUGUCUUGUUCCUUAUAAAGACUUGCUACCGGCCUAAUUGUCCAGGUCAUGUACCCUAUUCACGAGUGACGUAGUUUAUCUACAAGGGUUCCUUUAUCGUCAUUAUGUAAGUGACCAUAACUCCUCUCUGCCUUGUCCUUUUAACUUCUUGACGUCCUUUCAUACCCCAUGUAGCCUACUUAUUUCCUCCUUUGCUUCCUUUAUACUACCCUAGCAUUUCUUAAAGUCUAAACAUUCCUCUGCUCUUUGUCACUGUGUUGUAAUGGCAUUGAGCCAUCGGGGUACUUCUCGGGGUACCUCUUCCUUUCUUGACCCGUUGCCCACUUUCCACUGCUUAGGACCAAAGACCCUAACAUCAUCCUAUUAUCAUAGCUACUGGCAUCUGGUGAUUGUUCCUCUUCCUUUGGAGAUUCAUAUUACUCCCCUUUGUUUGUCUUAGCUUAUUAGAUCAUCCACUUGUUUCCUUGUAGUAAAAUCCUCGUACUAUUCUCUCAACUCCUUCAAAAUCCUUGAGGUAUUCUCUUUCAAUUGGCACCUCUUUGCUGGCGUUUGGACUUGAAGUCCUCGCACAUUUGAUUCUACCUCCACAGACCUUUGCAACGUUCCUCCUUCCUUCAAGAGAACCACCAAAGCUUGGAGGUGCAAAUCGGCAACCUUUCCGGCAUCCUCACCGAGAGACCCAAAGGAGCUUUACCUUCCUAAACUAUGACAAACUCCAAGAAACAUGCCGGGGUAAAUGCACUGGAAGUGAGGAGUGUGAAGGUGGUUCCGAAAAUUGCCACUACUGAAGUGAUGGAGAAGGAAGAUACCAACAAGGAAGAGACCAACCCAAAGAGGAGAGAAAAGAAUCCCUCGAGGAAUGAGAGGAAGGCAGCAAGGGAGGCUUUGCCGGUGGAUGGAUACACACCACCUCUUCCUUAUCCCAUAAGGAUGUACAUGAAGAGGUUGGAGAACGAGUUUGGAGGUUUCAUGGAAAUGCUCCCAAACCUCCACCUCAAAAUCCCUUUCCUUGAAGCCAUGGCUCAAAUGGCACGAUAUGCCAAGUAAAUCAAAGGGUUCCUCACCAAGAAGCCAAAGCUUGAAGGCCUCACCAACAUGACUCUUGGCGAGGAGUGUUCGGCUUAACUCCUCGACCGCUUGCCCAAAAAGCGGUUCGACCCAGGUAGCUUUACUAUCCCUCUUGAUAUUGGUAACAAUCAUAUAGACAAUGCCUUGGCAGACCUAGGAGAUAGUGUUAAUGUGAUGCCCUACAAGCUUUUCAAAAAGUUAGAAGUAGGUGAACUUAAGACCUCUAAGCUUAGCAUCACCUUAGCUGACCGUUCGGUCAUUAGCUCGAGAGGCAUUGUAGAGGACAUGAUGGUGAGAGUUGGCAAGUUUUGCUAUUCGACCGAUUUCGUGAUUCUCGACAUAAGUGCAGACUCGGAUAUGGCCCUCAUCAUCGGUUGUCCUUUUCUUGCCACCGCAAAGGACUUGAUAGACGUUAAUGACGGGACCGUAAUUUUAAGGGAUGGUAAGGAGAGAAUCAAGUUUGAAAUUUAUCCAAGGGUUAGGAGUGAUGAAGUGAAGGGAGUAGUUUCAAAUGAUGUGAAUGAGAUGGAGGAGAGCCUCUCAAGGAAACCCCCACCAUUACUUGUGUUGCUUUUGGUGAUGUUGAGAAAGAAGUUAAGAAGGGUCCUAAGCCAAAAAGAUCCAGGAUGAAUGCUUGGAAGAGAAGGAUGAAAUGAGCUUUGACCCAGAAGAUGGGGGAGGCCGAAGAAAUGUUGGCCAACAAAGAGGGCUAACUCAAGGAACCUAAGAUGGGAGGAUACAAGCCUCGCCCCGAGAGUGUGGUGGAUCCGCUCUCGGUGGCAUCACGUUCAAAGUCGUGAUCGAUCCCCAACCAUCAAGCUAAUGACGAUAAAUUAUGAAACACCCUAACCCGGCCGGGUACUACUUUUACUAAAAUGCCCUUGAUAAAUAAAACACUCAAAACUUAAAUUGCAGCAGGAAUAAUUUUCAUAAAUAAUAAAAAAAACUUAAAACACACACAUGUAGCAUAGAGCAAAGCCCUAACACGUGGGCAAAUUAAACUCAAACUUUAAAUCUCAAUCUGAUCUCCAGUCUAUACUCAUAAUCAUAAAAUGCAAAUAACUAGGUAGUCUCUGUCGUUGCUGCUACUGAAAAUCUUAACUAGGCAUCCUCCGUGACUCUUGCACUGCCCUCCACUAGUUGGCUACCCUCGAACUUUUCCUCUCGAAUUCGCUGCUCUCUAACUGCUCCUCUAGCUAGCUGCUACUGAUCUGGUUCUUACUCAUUCCCUUGCUAAGGCCUGGUGAGUGAGUUGGGGUUAGUCUACACCCUUAAGUUUAAAAUCUUAUUGAUACUUUAUCACUCUACUUAACUUGGUGGAAGUUGUUUUGUACUUCCACUGUUAUAAAAAUCUUAACUCUUAAAACUGUAUGGGAGUUACUGUUACUCUCCAUUCUUAAAGCUCAAAUCUCGACUAAAAUACUUGACCGACACGGGGAUCCCUCACUAGCUAGUCUGGUUGCCAACUCAUACGUAUGAGAAGCCAUCCAGGCUUUCCUUAAACUUAAACUUAAACUUAGUUAGGGGAGUCGUAACGAUUCAUCCCCCUAACAUCUUAAACUUAUCGUGGUGGCUCUUCACCACGAUUCUCAAUAGCAUAACUGCUGCUCAUCUUAAAAGUCUCAAGAGCAUAAUUGCUGCUCUAUCUCAAAAUGUCUCAAAAGGCAACGGACUGGCGCUAGUGACUAAAAACACUUAACCGAC